GUUAUUGGAGACGUCAAGAUGGGGAGGUUGCUUUUCGUUCUUCCGAUUUUAUCCUCAAUAUUUUUAAUUCAGUGCCAAGCAAACGCUUUGAAUAACACAACAAAGAACGAAAAGUAUAAGCAGCCCAAUAAAAACCUACAAAUCUCAUUCGACAUAGGAGGUAACAAGGCGGAUUCCCCAUAUGUUUCCAGGUUUCAGCGAACAUGUUCAACUCAAGAAUGUAAGGAAAUGGAAUUCAGUGAUAUGCUUGACUCCAUUCUAAGCUCGGAGUCAAACACGGAGGAUGAACCGACAAAGGCUCCACCGAAGAAGCUUCCACAUAGACCACGUCCACCCUACAAGAUUCGACGAAGGAAAAACGGACACAUUCUUCAUGACAUUGUAUUAUGGGUUGAAAGAACAAAGAGGGCAAUAUUUGGUUUUGGGUAACUUUUUCGCCUAGUUAUUUUCAAGUGAAAUACAAAAUAUUUACUAAUGUUUAAAA